ACAGGCUGGUGGACAGGAGAGCAUCUUCAGAUAAGAAUGUGGAGCCACAUUCUGCUCCACAGAAAAGCCUUCAUGAAGAUCCCUUUGGUUCUGUUCCUUUCAUUUCUCACCCAGGUUCCCCUGGAAAACACGCGGAUAACUCAGCCAACAAUCAAGGAAAUAACUUAGGGACCCCGACCAAGGCUGGAAAACUGAGCCAUGCUUUUAGAGAUCCCCGGCCAGGGAGGAAAACUGCAGAGGGACAAGUGACAAAAGGUGGUGAUGAGUCUGAGAGUGAUUUUGAAUCUGAUCCUCCUUCUCCCAAGAGCAGUGAGGAAGAAGAAGAACAGGAGGAUGAAGAAGUCUUGCAAGGAGAGAGUGGAGACUUCAAUGAUGACAAUGAUACAGAACCGGAGAAUUUAGGUCACCGUCCUCUCCUCAUGGACUCUGAGGAAGAGGAGGAGGAAGAGAAGCAAAGUUCUGACUCCGAUUCUGAUCGUACCAAGCAAAAAUCUGUGGAAGGGCUCCUGAGCAGUAGGUUCAGAGAUGGUGUGGGCAGUGGUGAAAUCAAAGAACCCACUUCAGUGCACACGUCCUUGUCCGAGCUGUCAAAUACUGUAGUCCAGGUGAGCCCGUGCCAAGAAUUUGAUGUGUUUGGGGCAGUGCCCUUUUUUACUCUACAGCCUCAGACAAGAGAGAAGAUGGACAAAGACGUCUCUUCUCAGACGGCUUUUCCUGGCCUGAACCAAGAGCAGGAUGACUUUGAUGUUUUCACAAAAGCCCCCUUCAGCAAAAAGGUGUCUCAGCAGGAUGGGCAGGUGGCGGGAACCGAGCCUCUGCUCUCUCCCACCUCUCCGCGUAGCGUCGAUAUCUUUGGCUGCACCCCAUUUCAGCCUUCCCUUCUCCCCAGGACCGGUGGGAGUAAAGAGGACCUGUUUGGGCUGGUUCCUUUUGAAGAGAUCACGGGGAGUCAGCAGCACAAGGUGAAGCAGCAGCGUAACCUGCAGAAACUUUCUUCCCGCCAAAGGCGCAUGAAGCAGGAGGUCUCGAAGAACAAUGGCAAGCGCCACCACGGCACCCCGACCACCACAAAGAAGGCGUUGAAACCGAGCUACCGCACCCCUGAAAGAGCCCGCCGGCACAAGAAAGCAGGCCGCAGGGAUUCGCAGAGCAGCAACGAGUUCCUGACUAUCUCUGACUCCAAAGAGAACAUCAGCGUUGCGUUGACUGACAGCAAAGAUCGAACCAACCCUCUGCAGACAGACGAGAGUCUGCUGGAUCCUUUCGGAGCCAAACCCUUCCACCCACCGGACUUGAUGCGGCAUCCCCAGCAUCAGGGGUUUGGUGACAACUGCGGGGAUCACGGCGCAGUAGUAGUGGCUGGCAGACCUAGGCAGAGCUCCUUGCACGGAGCCAUUCACGGCGGCGAGGGGCUGAAAACAGAUGACUUUGGCGCAGUACCCUUCACAGAACUGGUUGUGCAGAGUGCACAGAGCCAGCAGCAACAGGCGCUGGAGUUAGAUCCCUUUGGAGCAGCUCCCUUUCCUUCCAAACAGUAA